AUGGUCGCGAGACUCAGCAACAGAGCUGUCUGGCACACCGCCACCUCGGUCAGAACUUCGUUCAGUCCGUCCCAGGCUAGGACUUUUGCUAGUACUCUACAAAGAGAGGACAAGAGAACAGCCAUUGUCACUGGCGCGAGUCGUGGAAUCGGCAAGGCCAUCGCUCUACGUCUGGCUCAGGACGGCUACAAUCUAUGCAUCAACGACGUCGAGGCCAACAAGCAGGGCAUUGACGACGUCGUCAGUCAAGUCAAAGCAGCAGGCGUCAAUGCUGUAGGUGCUGUUGGCGAUGUCUCAGAUCUCUCACAGGUUGAGUCUGUUAUACAAAAGUCGGUCAAAGAGCUUGGCCCCUUGAACACAAUGAUUGCCAAUGCUGGAAUCGCUCAGGUCAAGCCGUUGCUAGACCUAACGACCGAAGACUUUGAGCGCAUGUUCAGAAUCAACGUCUUUGGCGUUCAAAACUGCUACAGCGCUGCAGCCCGACAGAUCAUCUCGCAGGGUAAUGCCACUGCGGACGCACCAUGCAAGCUGCUGGCUGCAGCAUCGAUUGUCGCCUUCAAGCCAUUUGCUCUCCUCUCACAUUACUCGGCAUCCAAAUGGGCCGUUAGAGGUCUAACCCAAGCCUAUGCAAUGGAAAUGGCCGAGCAUCACAUCACGGUCAACUCUUAUGCACCAGGCAUUGUUGGAACGGCGAUGUGGGAUCUUAUAGACGAGGAGCUUGGCAAGAAGCGUGGCAAUGAUCUAGGUCAGAUAAUCAAGAAGGGUGAGACGAUCAAGAAGUAUACUGAUGAGUUGAUCGCGCUGGGUCGAGUCAGUGUGCCCGAAGACGUGGCCAAGCUGGUGUCGUUCCUUGCUGGGCCGGACAGGCUCUCCAAUUUGUCGAGGAGCAAGUUCAGCUGGUCGGAGUUGUUUACGAAGCGGGGAGACAUCAACACGCCCAAGCCCGGCAAGCCUUCAUCUUUUGGCCCAAGGUUUUCGUCUUGUUUCCUCAUCCCUUUUGCGCCAACUGACCUCGACGCCCGACACUCGACUCUCUCGCGAUCUCGGCCUUGCUCCGCCAUGGACCAGCAGGCGCAGACUCUGCUGACGACGCUCAAACGCUCAUCGGCUGCCUCGGACGCGAAGCUCACGCAGCUGAACAAUCUCAAGUCUGACAUCAAGCACCACCGAGUGCCCGACAGCGCCCAGCCCGUCAUUUUCGAGUGUCUCCGAGUCGCCCUGACUCAGCAGGCCUCGAGCACCCUCGCCACUGCUGCAUUCACCACGCUGGGUCAUCUUAUUAAGCGGCUGAAGAUCCAGGACCCCGAUGGCUCUGCCAUUGUCCAACACGCUCCCAAACUCUUUGUCGCCUUGCAGGAAAGACUAGGCGACCUUCGUGAGAACCAUCGCAAUGCUGCCUCGCAAGCCUUCGCCGAUGCCUGGCAUUUUUGCCCUCAGGACGUCGAACACAUUAUCCGCGACGAAGUCAUCCCUGGCGCAAACGUGCGCGCAAAGGACACAGCCAUGCACUGGGUUGUGCGCAUGAACCACGAUGAAGCCCUGCCUUUCAAGAGCUUCGUGCCUCUGAUGGUCGCAAACCUCGAAGACCACGACGGUGCAGUCCGCGACUCGGCAAAGAGUGCUUUAGUUGAUCUUUUCCGAAACGCUCCAGACCGCGCGAAGGCCGAUCUAAAGAAACAAUUGAACCUGCAUGGUGUGCGCACCGGCAUCGCCUCUCAGAUCCUCACGCAAAUCGAUUCAGACAAAGCAUCGGCGCCCGCAGUAGACAUGUCGCAAUCCACCCGUUCCCUCCCUGCCCUCGAUCCCCAUCUCGCCGAGAGCAUCAACAGCGAGGCCGCUCGCCCACCCCCAUCCGAGGAGAUUCCAAUGGAUCCCAUCUUCGUCCAUUCGCAAAGAGAACUCGAGGACAUGUUCAGUGAUAUGCUUCCCCACUUUGAGGGUAGGGAGAGCGAAGAGAAUUGGGGCAAUCGCGACAAGGGUGUUACCAAGAUGAGACGAUUGUUGAAGGGAAAUGCUCCCACUGAUUACCACAAUUUCUUCAUGUCGUCCAUGAAACAGAUGCAAGCCGGCAUCAUCAAAGUCGCCUCUUCUUUGAGAACAACAACUUCUAGUAAUGGAUGUUACAUGGUCCAAGAAUUGGCCAGGACUCUGGGCCCAGCCCUUGAUCCCAUGGUCGAGAUCUAUCUGCAGACAUUUGUAAAGAUGUGUGCAGCUACAAAGAACAUUGCCGCCCAAAACGGCAAUCAGACGGUUGACACCAUUUAUCAAUACGUCUCGUACAACAUCCGUACCAUGCAACACAUCUGGGUCGCCUGUCAGGACAAGAACGUUCAACCGAGAACAUUUGCUGCUGGCUGGCUCCGCACUAUUCUCAGCAGACAAGCUGGCGCAAAAUCCCACUUCGAGAGCACUGGAGGCCUCGAGCUUGCCGAAAAGUGCGUGAAACAUGGUCUGAACGACUCUCAGCCCAAGGUCAAGGAGGCCAUGAGAGCUACAUACUGGGCCUUGGCCAGAGUUUGGUCUAACAGAGCCGAGCUUAUCAUGAAUACCCUCGACCCCAAGGCAAAACUUGCUCUUGAGAAACACUCGCUCAAUCCAGGCGCGUCAACUUCCAGUGCUUCGACUCUUCGCACCUCUACCGUGAGUAGAGCAGGUGCAGCUUCGAAGUCUUCAGUCAGAGAUGCCAUCAUGGCAGCGCGUAAGAAGGCUCAGGCCGAGAGCCGUCCAAACUCUGCAAUGGCCAGCGUCUCGCCUACCACUGUCAGAUCAAAGUCGUCAAACAAUCUUUCUGCUCGCCAGCCAUCUGCUGUACCGCCCGCUUCUGCUCGUGUUCCGUCAGCUGCAUCGACUUCAUCCUCCACUUCAACCAAUGCAAGACCCAAUGCAUUAAUGUCUGGAGCUGCAAGGCGGCCUGUCAGACGUCCGGAAAUUACUCGUCCCGCCACAGCAGACCCCUAUGCCAGCCGCAGACUUGCUAGGCCGGAGACACCUUCCAUCAAGAGUCCCGUCACUAGCCCUCGACAAGAGAUUGCAUAUACAACUGUCGGCACAUCAGCAACCAAGAACCGUGCCGACAAAGGCAGUCCAGCACCAAGUCCGUUCCGUCAGUCCUACCUCUCGCCAAGAUCGGCCGCAAACAGAACUCGACCUUCGAGCAGGGACAGUAAAGCAGAAGAGCCAACUGUGUCAAAGGAGGACGAGUUUGCCUCAUUUGUACCGACUUCGUACAAGAGCCAUCUCCCGACCUCGCCGAAUUCAACUAGAAGCCACCUUCCAACAUCUCCACAGUCAACACUGCGCAGGCCAACAUUGAAUGGCUCGGCAUCUGUGGACAGCGUGAUACCUGUGGUCGCUGACGACACCUUUACUAUGGAGUUGCCAACCGUACACAGAUCUCAAAUGCCAGUCUUCGAGCGUCGUGCUUCGCAUUUGUCGACCGUCGAUCCUGUGACGGAUGCCCAACCAUCAGAGCCACAACACACACGGCGGGCGUCUGAUAGAAACGAUUCACCCAUCACAAUCAGCCACCGGCCCAGCCCUCAACGUGAAGCCAGUCCUCUAAAAUCCGCAAGUGCUGCAGCGUCUCCCGUGCCUACUUUGGCUCCGGCCGCUCAAAUCGAGUCUGCUGCUCCUCAGACCGAAGAAGCAGCUUUCCAGAUCCACGAAGAUCCGUUCAUGGAGGGCAUAGAAGCGUCAGAGGCACAAAAGAUGCGACAAUCGCAAGACGCUCGCAGUGUGUUGGGCGAGGUGCCAGUCAACGAGUUCAGCCAGGUUUCGAUUGCCGAAAGCUCCAAUCGUGAGGAGAUGCUCAGAACAGAGGACUCACCACCGCAGAGCCCACAAACCAAGUCCGAGACUCUGCGCUCUAGGAAGCUGCUCAUGUCGGGUAUCGAACGCAUCCGAGGUCGCACUCUUGAUGCACACGGCUUUAGAAAGGUGCUCGAGUUGAUAAAAUCUUCCGAGUCGGGCGAGAUUUUUGGCUCGGUUGGUGAAGGCAGACGCUUUGAUGACUUGUGCAGUGUUCUCCUCGACUACAUUGUUGAAUCUUCGGAUGCUGCAGCGAAUCCUGCUGUGCGACACUCGCAAGAGCUCAGAAGACAGGCUACCAGUGUAAUGAGAACAGUGCUGAAUGCGCAGCAACCACCGUAUAGAAAGUGGAUCGCUGCUGGACGCUGGUACCCUCGUGCUCUCAGUGGAGCGCUUGACGCACGCAAGAACGUCGAAGGCUCCGGAUUGCUGGUCAAGGAUUUAGAAGCCCUAGCCAGCGAUGUCGUGGCCAAGAUCCAUCCUGAUGAGGGCGAGAAGGCCAUAAUCGAAUGGCUGGAGCGUCGUGUGUCAGAAGCAGAUUAUGACACGCAAGAGCAAGAACUCGAUGGCGCUGUUGCUGCCAUUCAGGCCAGACACGGUGAUGAGAGCAUGGUGCGCAAGAACAAGGCGAUGGCACUCGCGCUCCGCAAUCUGGCUGCUCUGAUCGCGUCGACUACAGUCACUGCUUCUCCUCUGUCCAAGGACUUGGGUGAACGUGCCGGUUGUCUUGCUGUCGUCUCUCUACGCUCCAAAGACGCAGAGGUGCGCAAGUCGUCAGUCGAGUUGGCAACACAAUUGCACACGAGCUGGCCAUCAGACGCCGAAGUCCAAGCCGAUACGAAGAGCGAGUUCUGGAGUAUGCUGGAGAAGAACGGCUUGCAAGAAAGUGCACGCAACCUGAUUGUCUAUUUCAUCGCACGCAGAGAGAGAAGUGGUUGA